AUGCCGCGAAUUUUCAAUGAUACUCAGCCUACUCCACCGGGACCCGGGCCAUCAAAGCCUCUCCAGAGCUCUGGUUAUAUGGAGAAUUCUCUCAGAAGGCAGUCGACCUUCUCCGCCAACCUAGGCAGCCCCGAUGCUCCGCGCAGGUUCUCCAUCACAGCAGAUUCCAUUUCCGAUCUUCCUCAACCUCAUUACAGCAGUACUCACACCUGUGAAAUAUGCGAGGAACUAUUCAUGCACGCGGAUCACCCCGCAAAGGCCAAGGUGGUUUACAAUAAUCCGAUGGAGAGAUACCGCACGAGUAAGCUGCUUGAGGCUGCGAGGAAUGGAUGCUGUUUUAGUUCGAUUUGUAUCAAGGCGGCGGCGGGGUUUGUAAAGAAUCCUGUGGCGCCUGCUUUAAGUAUGGUGAAGACGGAUCCGGAUGAGCAAUUUAGAUUUGCGAUUUAUACCGGGGAACCAGAUACUAUUAUUGAACUAUACGAACAUCCAGAUGAUCCGUCGCCGUGGUCUCUAGUUGCUCCCGCAAGAGAUAUAUCAAUCGACAGCUCCUCGGACGAUUGCUUCGAGCGCGUCAAGGGUUGGAUAAAAGAUUGCAUGGAAACGCACGUAAAAUGCGACCUCGACUAUUCCGACGAGCCUCCCACCCUCCCGAAACGUGUCAUCGACGUCGGCGUCGAUGGUGGCCCAAUCAAGCUCGUCGAACGUGACGGCGUGAAUGCCCGUUACGCGGCUCUGACAUACUGCUGGGGCGAUGAUACCCAGCUCCGAGACGUGAAGCUCCUUCUUUCUCGAUAUGAAGCUUACAAGAAAGAAAUUCCUCUCGAUUUGCUACCGAAAACACUUUACGACUCUGUUAUGAUUACUAGGAAACUUGGGAUUAGAUAUAUCUGGAUUGAUUCUCUCUGUAUUUUGCAAGAUUCACCUGCAGAUUGGCAGGUAGGCAGUUCGCGGAUGAGCAAUAUUUACACAGCGGCCGUUGUGGUGAUCGCUGCCACGGGAGGAGCAGGUUGCACAGACGGCUCUUAUAUUGGCAAUCGCAAAAAGUUACGUUUAACAUACGUUGAGGAGAACGGGAAAGAGCGCGCCCUGUAUGCUCGUCUUGCACAAUUUCCGUUCUUCGACGACAGGGCGGAUGUCCGCAGCGAUCCACACAGUUUAGGAGAAAGCCACUUGUCCCGGCGAGGGUGGACAUUCCAAGAAGUUCUUCUGGCAAGACGAACGAUAAGUUACAGUAAAGAUGAAGUUUUAUGGGAUUGCAUGGAGCGGAUUUCGUGUGAGUGUCGGCUCGACGGCUCGAUCAGAUCACAGCGAGACGAACGUCGAAAUUCGAAUAAACCGAUGACACAGUUAACAAUUCAUUCCCCAUUCCUCGAACUCUUUCAAGACGGGAGGCAAACUCCGUCAGAGGACAAUACAGCAAAGUUGUAUGCGAAGUGGUAUGCAAUGCUGGAGGAUUAUACGGGCAGGAACUUAACGUACCCGUCCGAUAGAUUACCGGCGUUCUCGGGGCUAGCAACGAUGAUGAGUGAUGUUGUAAAUGAUACGUAUUUCGCUGGGUUGUGGGAGAGCCAGAUUCCGUAUGCGCUGCUUUGGGUACGGCACAGUAGGAUUCCGUUUGAGAGGCAUCAGUCGAGAGGAGACUGGGCGCCGAGCUGGAGUUGGGCUUCUGUAAGUUGUAGGGUUCGACAAGAGACACCUUCGGAGUUUACUUCUAGUGUGGAGAUCAUCUCGAUAGCUGCACCGCCUUCCGGGAUCAAUCGCUACGGGAGUGUCGCGGAAGGAAGGAUUGAGGUGAAGGCAGUGUUGAUGCCGAUUACGAUUGAUUUGCAAAGUAUAAGGAAACAAAUGCUGGCCGAUGCUCACGGGUUUGAGUGGCGGGGCACUGCACAUGCUGUUGGUCAUUACGUCACGGGGAAUCAGGCCUGCCACCCGAAGAUGAAGAUCGUGCUAGAUCUGGGAGAGACCUGGCUUGAUCCUGACUCUGAAGUUAUCCAUAGUCCUGAGGUCCUUGGGCUGGAGGUUAAUGAAGUGGAUAAGUACUUUUUGAUGUUUGUUGGGAUGGAGGGGGUUAAAGGGCAGAACGAGGCGCAGCCUUGUUUCCUUGUUUUGGAGCAGAUCAAAACGGAGGAAGGAAUGAAAACUAUUAAAAGAGUUGGAGCGAAUUUGAGAUUUUGGCUUCCGAAGGGGGCGGAGAAUUAUGAUCGGAAGCUGUUGGCGCAGCAGGCGCUGGCUGGCACGAAGGAGAUGACCGUCAUCGUUUAG